CGCUCACAUCACAGCCCGGCUUGGAGCUGCCCCAUCCCCCUUCCCAUUUUCCCCAUUCUCCCACCACCCAGCCAAGCUCCAACACCACAACAACAAUGUCGCUCAACCGCAUCCUCGUCCCCGUGAAGCGGGUCAUCGACUACGCCGUCAAGGUCCGCGUCACGGGCGGCAAAAUCGAUACCAAUGUCAAGCACUCGAUGAACCCCUUCGACGAGAUCGCCGUCGAGGAAGCCGUGCGUCUGAAGGAGAAGAAGGUCGCGAAGGAGGUCAUUGCGUUGAGUAUCGGGGGGCCGAAGUCGGCGGAGACGUUAAGGACGGCGUUGGCGAUGGGGGCUGAUCGGGCGGUGCAUGUGGAUGUGGGGGAGGGGACGGAGGUUUUACCGCUUCAGGUAGCAAAGCUAAUAGCCUCCAUAACACGCAAAGAAUCGCCCUCCCUGAUCAUCCUCGGCAAACAAGCCAUCGACGACGACAGCUCGCAAACAGGGCAGAUGCUCGCCGGUCUUCUGGGGUGGUCGCAGGGCACGUUCGCUAAUAAGGUCGAGGUGGAUGGGGGGAAGGUGACGGUGACGCGGGAGGUGGAUGGUGGGUUGGAGACGGUGAAGAUGGAGGUGCCGGCUGUUGUUACUACGGAUUUACGUCUAAACGAACCCCGCUAUGCAACACUCCCAAACAUCAUGAAAGCCAAGAAGAAGAAGAUGGAGGUGUUCAAGGCGCAGGAUUUGGGCGUUGACAUUAAGCCGAGUAUUGAGACGAUUGAUAUCGCGGAGCCGCAGAAGAGGAGCGGGGGGAAGAAGGUUGAGAGUGUUGAUGAGCUCAUCGACAAAUUGAAGAACGAAGCCAAGGUGUUGUAAGGGACCCUACAUAUUGCCCACAGCAUAGGCGCCCAACCCUACACCGCACAAUACCCCGUAGUCUGCAAGCCUCUUGGGAGACGCUUCAAAUCGUAUAUAUCUGCACCAACCCGCUCUGUACACUCUCACCCAAAAUACAUUGCAUAAUAAAAAGCAUACCGAAAGCAAU